AUGUAUUUCAAGGAGUGGCAAAAACUGGCAAAAAACAAAGAAAAUAAAGUUAAGCGAUCAAAAGCACUUGAAAAAAGAGAACACGAUUGGCAGAGUAAAAUAGAAGGACUCUUUGAUAUUGCUCAUUCCAACACCCUAAAUUUGAUUACUAUUGAGGAAGACAAACGAUUUUUAAUUGCACAGCGCAAGAAAGGACGUCCUGGUCAUAUUGGACAUUUAGAUAUGGAAUACGCUAAGAAGAAUGCCGAAAAAAGAAAGAAACAAGAACAGCAACAACGUUUUCAUGAUCGGGAAAAGGACAAACUUAAGUCUUUAACCGAAAAGUAUGUUAUUUCUUCAUCAACAACUGAGUACAACGUUAACAGUCCUACUAUUCGCCGUCAAUGCAUCAAACAACGCCAGAUGGUUGCAAAAUCAAUAAAGAGUGGCUUUAAGCCCGAUGGUCCCCUGACUAUUCACUGGGAUGGGAAAAUGAUAGAGGAUAUAUCUGGACAUGAAACGGUGGAUCGUCUUCCAAUAUUAGUAUCGGGUCAAGGCGUCGAGCAAUUAUUUGCUGUUCCUAAACUGCCACGAGGAACAGGCGAUGAUCUUUUAAAGCAACUUUUACCCCAUCUACAAGAUCAAUUAGAAUUUUGUCAAAAGUCGCUAAGUGGCUAUUUGGAACGCAAAAGAAUGAUGUUUCCAAGGUUUUUCUUUGUAUCUGAUCCUGCAUUAUUGGAAAUUCUUGGACAAGCUUCUGAUUCUCAUACUAUACAAAAUCAUCUUUUAUCCAUUUUUGAUAAUACUAGAUAUGUCAAGUUUCAUGAUAUUGAAUAUAAUAAAAUAACUGCCAUUAUCUCAUCCGAAAAUGAAGUAAUUCCAUUAGAAAAAGCAGUUAGAGCCGAAGGAAGCGUGGAAACCUGGCUUACUCAGUUAUUAAAUACAUCGCAGAUGUCUUUACACUCCAUUAUACGACAAGCUCAUCUUGUGAUUAACGAUCAAAAUUUUAACCUAUUAUUAUUUCUUGAUAAGAUGCCUGCUCAAAUAGGACUUUUGGGUUUACAAAUGAUUUGGACUCGAGAUGCCGAAUUUGCAUUAAUUCAAGCAAGACAUGAUAAAAAACAAAUGCCUGAAACCAAUAACAGAUUUUUGGAACUUUUAAAUACACUUAUUGAUCAGACUACUAGAGAUCUAACAAAGAUAGAGAGAACAAAAUUUGAAACACUCAUAACAAUUCAUGUUCAUCAAAGGGAUAUUUUCGAUAUAUUGGUAAAUAUCUGUGAUACUAACAUAAUCCUAUAG